AUGCGAGGUUCCGAUGUAGCAGCAACAGGAGACUCGAGACAACAGCAGAGAUGGCAGCUUCCCAGAGGACAUUGGGCCCUCCAGCCCAACUCUGGCCUUGCGAAGGUCAAUAAUGCGACACAUGCGACCAAGCGUGUCCAAAGACGGCUUUCCUGGCACUCCAUAGCGGCUGACAAUGGCAUACGUAGGUGUAGUGCAGAUGUCGUCUUCAGCCAGCCAACUUCCGAGGGACCGACAGCUAUGGUCGCCGAAACACCCAUCCCCAGAGGGCAAUUUGCAAUAGCGAGGGUGCUGAGAUGCCAACUGCAAGCAUUCGCAGUGCCACGGCAGGGAAAAACGACUUUAGCGUUCGCACCAGGGCAAGACGACAUCUGUGGCUCCGAGCACGCAAUGUACCUCUUUGACUGCUGCCAUUGGGUACUAGUGCAACCCAUUCCCGACCAUCACAUCCUUCACGGCACUCCCCUGUCGCCACAGCCGAGUAUCCCAGCAAAGUGGCCCAUCUGCCAUCAGCUUCAAGGCCCACACCGCGGCAGCAACCACACUUGCGAGCAAUUAUGUCACCCGUCAAACUCUUCCACGCGCAAGCGUCGCUUGCAUCCAACACGGACAGGACCAUCAAUCGCCCAGUGUGGCCCGCCGCCAUAA